UUUCAAAUUUUAUCGCCCUAAAAUGCAUAAAAUUGACACUCUUGCCCCUCUGACCCCAUUCCUUUUGGUGCAGCCGCCGCCGCAUCUUCUCGGCAGACUUCCUCUUCAUUAACAAGCUUGGCUCCGGUGGUGGUUUUCGCUCUGCCUUCUCUGUUUUCUUCUUUACCUGUUAUGCAUGCGGGCUUUUAGCCUUCUCUCUUUUGUAUCCCUUUUGUUCCCUUUCUCCAUGUACACUUCUGGUGUAUUAGAAAGGCAAUAAAAUUCACUUUCAUCUAUAAAAAAAAAAGCUUGGCUCCAUUUGUGGCAGAGGCCAGAACUGCCGCCAUCGAUUGCACCAUCGCCACCACCUAGGCCAAAAACCACCGCGGCCCCUGCAACAAUACGACAACCGUCUUUCUAGUGCCGGUACGACACUCGGCCGGACCCUACUCAACGGCGACGAGGAGUACUUCCAGUUCUGCACCUUCUCCUCCCGAUUUCAAAACCCCAACUUAGUUGGAAAGAAUUUGUUAAGGGUAUUAAAGUAAAAUUAAUUAAUUUAGGGCGAUGAAUAAAAAAUUUUAGGGCGACGAAUAGCAAUGCCCUAAUUAUGAUCACCAGCCACCGACCCGGAAAAUCCAAAGAUUUCGUCCACCCCUCCUUCUCCGCUGCCGUAAAACCCUCUAGCAAAGACGGGGAAGAAGAAUGGCGGCCGCCACUAGUUAUAGACUUCCCCAAAACGACCAAAUUCACAUUCUCCGGAUCCACGACUCGAAUACAACGGUACCCUGCCCCGACUCCAUCGUAUUCCCAACUCGAACGAAAUCGAUAAAAACGAUCGAAGCAAAAACCCCAAAAGGGUCCUGAAAACCAAUUACACCAUGAACGACGGGUUUCCGCUGGGGAUAUCCGUCGAUGGGAAAACUGACAAUCAUAGAGCUCGAUCAAAAGCUAUUGAACAAGGAGAGCAGCGCACCGAUGACGAUGUUUUUGUUGGGCUUUUGACUAGAUUGAAAAGCAGAGCGUUGAAUCCUCGAUAACCUAAUUGAAACCCAGCAUCUUCUCCUCCUCGCGAGGGAGAAGCACUAAAGGAGGCGAGCGAGGAGAAGCCUUGAUAGGCAGAGGCCAGCACGAAUGAGAGGAGAACUGCGACGGUCUUCGGAGAGGGGAAUCGCAGGCAGGGAGCUGGAAUCAAUGGGGAGACAAAUCAGCAAAGAGAGAGUCGAAGGGGAACGAUCUGGUUCUCCUCCAGUUCUUCUCCCUCCAGGGCUCUGACCGUAAUGGGAAUCGCAUCUUCUGCGUCGUCGGCAAGCACUUCCCGAGUAAUCAAUCAAUCGAUCAAUUGCCCUUUGGUAUCAUUCCAAUCCCUCUCUUGUUGCCGCCUGUCGGGUUUCUACCCCGGGGACGCCGUCGUUGCAGGAGCUUUGGAGGGCGUCGGGCGUCUUCUUCAAAUUUCCCCUGUGUGCUCUGUGGGUUUCGAUUCAGAGGGGUUGACGGCGUCGGAGAAGAUGCUAGGUUUCGAUUAGGUUAUCGAGGGUUUUACGACAGCGGAGAAGGAGGGGUGGACAGAAUCUCUGGAUUUUCCGGGCCGGUGACUGGUGAUCAUUAUUAUUAAAAGAUUAUAAUUAAUUUUUAUCUUUAUUAUUAAAAUGAGUUGGAAAUUAAAAAGAUUAUUUUUUUUAUUUUUUAAUUAUUUUUUUUAUCUUCCACGUCACUAGUUUAACGAUAAACAGUUUAACGAUAA